AGUGAGUCGAGUCCAUUUUCGAAAUAGACAACAUGGAUAGAGAUAAAUGCACAGGGAUUCUCGCUCUAAAUUUUCAACCUCUACCAGUUUCUUUAUAGAUUUACACCUGAUUUCUCUCCGAUUUCUUUGCCCAAUUCUAGGGUUCUUUUUUACCUUUUCAACAACACCCUCUGCCGGUAAAUCUUACUGGCAAAUUGCAUCAACUCCAUACAGGGACACUCAGUCUGAUGAAGUUUUAAGUGAAGAAGAAGAUGAUGUCAGCAAAGAAACACAUAACAAUGUGUCAUAUUUUCCUUCAGAUACAUGUGCACAAGAGCACCAAAAUUUUCAGCAUGACAUACUUCCAAGAAAUGAAGAAACCCUUUCACAGCCACCACAGCUUGAACUUGUCAACCAAUCAGUUGCUCCUUAUUAUGAUCCGUAUUAUGGUGGGAUGAUGGCUGCGUAUGGUCAACAUUUUGUUCAUCCUCAGUUUGUUGAUGUGCAACAAGUGAGGAUGCCAUUGCCACUUGAAAUGGCACAAGAGCCUGUUUAUGUGAAUGCUAAACAAUAUCAUGCAAUUUUGAGGCGAAGACAAUCACGUGCUAAAGCUGAGCUUGAAAAGAAACUUAUAAAAGAUAGAAAGCCUUAUCUUCAUGAAUCCCGGCAUCAACACGCAAUGAGAAGAGUGAGAAGUUCCGGUGGUCGAUUUGCAAAGAAAACCGAAACUGAUGCUUUAAAAAAUACAAGUGAUGAUGUGGCAACUGCCACAUCAUCAGGUAUGAAGCGCGUGCACUCAGAGCCAGCUGUAAGUUUCGGGACCCACACCAACCAAGAAACGAGGGGGGGCGGAAUGGUAAAUUCAUGCAAUGGUGGGGCCCACCUCAGGUAUGAAAACCAAGAUGGGUUUCAGGAGGGAGGUUCUUUAGGGCAGCAAUGGUCAACAAUACCAUCUAAUCAAAAUUCACAGAGGGCAGUUGCCAUGAAAUGAAAUGAUAUAUCGUAUGAUUUGGCUGGCAAAUCAUUCUUGGCUGUUUUUAUGUGGAGAAAGGGUAAAAAGGUAAAUGGACUUUUUAGUGGGCUCUUACUUAUUUUCGGAUUCUUUUUUAGUGGUAUGUACAAAAUAUAAUGUUGUUGAUGAGCUCUUGAUUUACAUCUUAUAUGAUGUGAUGCUUUUGUUUAGUUUAGAGGUUGUUGUAAGAAUAACUGUUUGCUUUUGCUUUUGCAUUCAGAUAAUUAGUUAAAUAGCUUUUAGGAGGCCAGAAACGGGACC